AUGAAUAAGCGCCUGAAAAAACUAGAUGGAAUGCGUCUUGCUUUCGACUUUGCUACGACAACUAAACGGCCUGAUGGCUGCUUCCCCGUUGCAGUAAGCAGCAUCAACCCGGUUCCCGCUGGUUUGGCCUGUUCCACGGAAGUUAGUCUUAACGGCAAGCGUAUUACAAUUUCUGUAAAAGACUUGGACGGUAUCCGUUCUUUAGGUCGUGGACAAUUUGGAGCUGUUGAAGAGAUGAUUGAAAGACAGACAGGAUGCGUUUUUGCUGUAAAGCGAAUUGCUAUAACCACGGACAAUCCCGAACGCCCUAAACUCCUCAACGAUCUUAAUGUCAGCAUGCGUUCUUCUAAAUGUCCCUACGUUGUAACCUCCUAUGGUGCUCUGUCACACGAAGAUAUGAGAAUAUCUCGAUUUUAG